AAUUAGGCACCCACCUGCUAUAUUAUCAGAAUGACUUUACUAUAUUACAUUUGGAUCGGUAUAGGCCUACUGCCGUUCACCCAAGCAGCAAUAAGCGAGUGCCCCACACGCAGCGUGCCACAGGUUCGAGCCGAAGUGGGGUCAUCAGGUGAGAUGUCUCUCAUGUUUUACUACGUGUCGUGGUCGAGCGAUGCCAGACAGGCCCGUUUGGUGUACGAUGGAGUGGCGCAUUACUACAAGGAUUACGCCUCCUUCGGUGCCAUCGAUUGCUGGCACAUGCAGUGCAACUGCAGUCGCACACAUCGACAGCUCCCCGGCAUGGCAGCUAAUGGCGGAUAUCCGGAUAAAUGGCCCACGUUGAUGGUAAAUUAUGGACGACAUGUGAGGCUGCAGUAUCAGGGCGCCUGGCAUUUCGAGGAUCUGACGAGAUUUCUGAACAACCUGAUACAACCCAUCGAUCGUGUUCACAGCACAGUUGAGCUGGGCGCUCUUUGGAAGAUCUCUGAUGCCGUUGUCUUGGCCCUGCUGGACUCGGCAGAUAGCCUGGCCUACAGGCGUUUUGUGGCGACCGCUUUGCAUUGGCUGGAAUAUGAUCCGGAGCGUAAUGUACGCUAUGCGGUUACAUUUGGAAAAAGCGCAAAGCAAAUGCUUAAAGUAAAGCAAUUAACGCUGCCACAACUGGUGGUCAUCGAUAAUCGUCACGGCCUGCAUAGUUACAACAUAACAAAUGCAAAUGGGUGGCAGCCCAUGGAGAUACUGCAUUGGGUGCGCCCCAAAGUUAAUCCGCUUCAGGCAGCUGGUUAUGGCACGCCAGUGAAGAUUGCAAUCAAAGCACGUCACAUGCCCGUGCUGGCGCUGGGCAUACGGCUGCAUCAGCAGUCGCUAGUCGUGGGCGAUGAGCUGGCACGCAAGGAGAACGUAGACUGUGAGCAGUAUUGGCUGCGGGAGCUGCAGGAGUCGAGUAAGUUGCGUAAAUGGUCGCUAUUGCAAAUGCCUAGAGAACUUUAUGGAGGUGAGCAGCUAGGCAAGCAUAGCUAUCGAGGAUUACAACUCAAUGCAACCACGCUGGCCAACUACUACAACAUAAAUGCCUAUCUAAAUUAUCUAUGGUCCCAGCACACCCACGUCAACCACUUGGAGACGGAGGCACGACAGCUGCUGGCGCUGCACACACGCAAUCGCUGCUUAGCGCACACGCACGCUCAGCAAGGAACACCUGCCUUAAAGAUUGGCAUCGCUAAGCUGGUCAGCAAAUAUGGUCAGUUGUUGUGGCAGCAUUCGACAGAGCAUUUGUCGCAGAAUCGAUCCCUCGCCGUGGUGCUCUUCGAUGCGACGAAAUAUCGUGACUUUCUGCAGCAGCUGGGCAUCGAUCAACAAUACCAACAGCAACGCAAAAGAGAUACGUCUGCUGUGCAGGUUUUUAUUGUGGACGCCGCCGCAGAAUCGUUGCAUGUCAUGCCGCAGCAUCAGCCGUUUUCCUAUCUAGCACUCAAGGAGUUCAUUAAGCAGUUCUAUGCCAGGCAGCUGCCACGACUGCAGAGGAACUCUGUUUUGGUCCCUGUCGUUCCCAGCCGGCAGACAUCGUACGUACAUACAUACAAUCGCCAGUUGCUGUUGGAGGCACUGCAGCGACCUAAUGCGACUAAUGUGGUGCUAAUCCAUCGACCGGAUUGCGCCUUGUCUGCCGUCAUGUCACUGGAGCUGAUGCAGGUGGCAGCUCUGUUGCGCAGUCCCGAACUGAAUUUUAUACGGUUCGAUAGCCAAGCAAAUGAUUUGCCGUGGGAGCUUACCAUGCCGGAGACGCCAGCAUUGUUUGUGUUUCCCCAAUCUCGACCCAUCGAAUCUGCGCUGUUUCCAAUUGAUGCACGCGCGGAUACGGCAAACAUAAUGUCCUUUAUUCUUGCACAGUUGGAACCGGAGCAGCAGUUACGCUUAGUGCUGGCCAGCUGUCGGCGGCGUAUGCGGCAUGCGCGCAGUUGUCUGGACUUUGCUGGAAAAUUGGUGUUGCAACACGUUAGUCAAUACUUAAAAUACUGGGAGAUAUUUGUGAAGGAACGCGAUCUAAUCUUGUCCCAUCUCAGGCAGUUCAAUGAAAUGCACAUUGCCAUCGAGAGUAGUAUAAAGUUAUGAUUUUUAAAGAUCUGUGCUCACUGUGCUAGAAUCUUACUAAAAACAUGACCGUAAAACUAUUUAGCAUAUAAGUAUUGGGUAAGAUGUAAGCAAGAUGGAUUUAUUUUAUCUGAUAUUUUUAAGGCAAAACUAGUUUUACUAAAUGUUAUUAGCCAAUAAGUCAAUUAGUAAAUAUUUAAAAGAAUCCUCAAACUCUGUUAAUUGAAAGCAAUAUAUAAUUA